AUGAGAACUAAACCGGACUCGAAGCUGGCCUUUCACCGCUUCACCCACGUGUUUCACUGCAUUCUUUCCUUCGACAAAGAUCCUUCAAUGUUCUCUAUAAUUCUCUUGGUUCCUAUUCUAGUUCCUUAUUACGAAUCACAGGAAGAGGGCGUGGUAUCCUUCCCAGACACGACCUUCCAUGGGCUCUUUGAUGGCGACCAGGUUAUUUUCACCGGGGUUCGGGGCAUGACGGAGCUAAACCACUGCCCCCCACGCGAAGUGAAGAUGUUGUCUCCGACCCAGAUCACCAUCGGCGACACGAGCAGGAUGUCUGAUUACGAAGGCGGAGGAAUCCUGAAGCAGAUCAGAGUGAGCGAGUUCAAAUCCUUCAUGUCUCUGAAGGACUCGAUCCGGAAUCCUUCUUUCGUCACCACGGACGACCGCAAGACGCACCUCCUUCCGUUGGUCCACGUGGCGUUCUUGGCCCUGCAUGAGUACGUGAAGGCCACGGGGUCGCUGCCUCGUCCCUGGAAUGAGGACGACGCCCAGAAGUUCCUCGAAGUCUUCGCCGCCGUCAGGAGCACCUGUCCCGUCGCCGUCGAGGAGGUGGACGAAGACCUCCUGCGGAAGUUCGCCUGCACGGCCGCCGGGGAGCUCGUGCCGGUCAACGCCGUCGUCGGGAGCAUCGCAGCCCAGGAGGUCCUGAAGGCGUGCUCGGGCAAGUUCACUCCCGUGUCACAGUGGCUUUAUUACGACGCCCUGGAGAGCCUGCCGGAAGACACGUCGUCGCUGACGCCCGCUCACUGCGCUCCCGAAGGCGGCCGCUACGAUGCGCAGAUCGCCGUGUUCGGGCGGGACUUCCAGCGGAAACUGGAGAACCUGAAGUACUUCAUCGUCGGCGCAGGUGCGAUCGGCUGCGAACUCCUGAAGAACUUCGCCAUGCUGGGCAUCGGCGCCGGCGAGCGGGGGAGCCUCACCGUGACGGACAUGGACCACAUCGAGAAGAGCAACCUCAGCAGGCAGUUCCUCUUCCGCUCCUGGGACGUGAAGAAGGCCAAGUCGCGCGUCGCCGCCGCCGCCGUCGGGCGCAUGAACCCCGAGGUGCACAUCGAGUCGCACGAGCUUCGCGUUGGCUCGGAAACGGAGCACAUCUAUAACUCGGAAUUCUACAGCCAACUGGACGGAGUGGCCAACGCCCUUGACAACGUGGAGGCCAGAAGGUACAUGGACGGGCGGUGCUGGCACUACCGGAAGCCUCUCCUGGAGUCGGGGACGCUGGGCACGAACGGCAGCGUCCAGGUCGUGGUUCCAAACAUCACGCAACGCUACAUAGUGCACGGCGGGUCGCACAAGAACGCCAUCGCCAUGUGCACUCUCAAGAACUUCCCCGUCAACAUCAACCACACCCUGCAGUGGGCGAGAGACAUGUUCGAGGGCGCGUUCCGGCAGCCGUCUGAGGCGAUCCAGCAGUACCUGGAGGAUCCGAGCAAGGUUCAGCAGAUGCUGAAAGCGCCGACGCCUCAAGACAUCGAGCACCUGAACUCCCUGAAGGAGGCGAUCUCCCGCAUCCCUCGCUCCUUCGCGGACUGUGUGAAGUGGGCGAGGCUGCAGUGGGAGGAGCAGUUCCACUUCCAGAUCGCCGAGCUCCUCGACCAGUUUCCUCCCGACCACAGAACCGAGAGCGGCGCGCCCUUCUGGACGGGCAACAAGCGCUGCCCUCACCCCCUCAAAUUUGACGUGGCCCAAGAGGAGCACCUCACCUUCGUCCUCGCCGGCGCCAACCUCCUGGCAGAGUCCUUCGGCAUCCCUCAGGAGCGGGAUCCCGAGGCCAUCGCUAACACGCUGAAGGAAGUUGACGUCCCGAAAUUCGUGCCCCGAAAGGAGCCGAAGACAGCUGAAGGACUCCUCAGCUUAUACAUGGGCACGCUCAAGAUCUCAGACCUUCAGAAAGCCAUCUCGCCUCCGGAGGACCUCAAGGGACUAGUUCUCAAUCCUCUGUCCUUUGAGAAGGACGAUGACACAAACCUCCACAUGGACUUCGUGACGUCCGCCUCCAACCUGAGAGCAGAUAACUACGACAUCGAAAAGGCAGACAAAUACACCAGCAAGAGAAUCGCCGGCAGGAUCAUCCCAGCCAUUGUGACGUCGACUGCCUUGGUGGCCGGGCUGGUGACGGUGGAACUCCUCAAGGUCGUACAAGGCCACGAGAGGUUAGACUUGUACAAGAGCAGCGAGUUCAGUCUGGCUCUUCCCCGAUUCUGCUCAAUGGAGCCAGAACCUGCGCCUGUCAAAGUGUACAACGGCGUCGAGUGGAGGCCCUGGGACAUGUUUGAGGUGGAGGGUGACAUGACAUUAGAGGAAUUCUUCAAGCUCUUCAAGGAAAAACAUGAGCUCAGCAUCAACAUGGUGGCCGAGGGAGAUCAGGCGGUUUUCAGCUUCUUCUUGAACGCGAAGGAAAAGGAGAGGAGGAAGAAGAUGACCAUCUCUGCCAUCCUGAAGGAACUCGUGGGCGAAGAAGCAGCUCCUCAGCCGGGAUCCUUCUUGAUGCUGGACCUGAACGUGAAGGAUCGGGAAGGCAAACGCGUGGAGGUUCCUUUCGUCCGUUAUUCCAUUCCCCCGCCGACCGCCUGUACGAAUUAGCCAAUCACGUGGCUGCAGGCAUGGAGUUGACCAAUAGGAGAGUGGCUCGGGUGUUUGAGCCAAUCAGACAGUCGGAAAUUGAACAAAUGUGGACCAAUGGAAAAGGAGUUCUGUGGGAAUAACCGUUAAUGGAUCAGUUAUUUAUACUGACAGAAAAUAACCCAAACUAGCUAGUUGGUAGGUAAUUAACGUGAAAGUUUAACUGUGCUUGUGGGAGCAUUUAGUUAAAACUACAAACUAUAGACUCAGUCAGCAAGUCGAUAGCAGGAGAAAUAACCUAUCGAGUGACAGAUAAAUAAAAGAGAAAGAAUGAGAGACGGGAAAAAAACAAUAGAUGGAAUAGAAUAAAGAGAAAGACAGGAUAGGACGAAUUCCAGGUUGUGGAUAAAAUGGCGAAAUUUGAUAUAAAAAACGUCCUUCACGAUAAUCAAUUUCAGAAGGCAAGUUAACAGUCCAAACUAAGCCAGCCUAAUCUCAGUGGCUGGUUUUGCAAUUCCAAGAGAAUCAUCAAUACAAAUAUGGAUUUUUUUUGU